CCGCGCAUCUCGCCAAAGACAAACCUGCCACCAGCUAGGAGGCCCGCUGCCCCACCCUCUCGAGCCGGUGGCACCCCAAUUCUGGGCACGCCUCCAGAGAGCUCCUGGAAGGAGGUGCCACCAGCUCGAGGGGAGGGAGCGGCCGCCCCCCUAGCUGGUAGCAGUGGUACCUUCUCUCUCCCGAGUAUCUGCGGGACCGCGCCCCGGAGUCCAGACCGCAAGGGAGCGGAUACGGCCAUGUGCGCUGCUCGUGAUAGCUCCGCUCCGCCCCGCUCCGCCCUGGCUCGGGCGGCCGCCGCGCCCGCCGCGCAGUGGCGCCGCGCAGCAUGUCCGUCGACGACGCGCACGGCGUGCUGCUGGUGCCCCCCGAGCAGCUGGAGUUGCCGUCAGCGGCGGCGUUCGCGUUCGCCGUCGGGCCCGACACCGGGCGGGGCCUCCUCGACCCCGCCGCCUGGCCCGAGUGGGCGGUGAUAUGGUACAGCGGCCCGUCACCGCCCCGGGGGUGGCCGGCGGUCACGGCCGUCGCCGGGCGGCAGAAGUUCGCCCCCGACGACCAGAUCACGGCGUAUCAGAGGCGGAUGAGACAUCUCGGCCUCUUGGUCGUGCUCCCGAGCUCGAUUGUCCACUGCCUCGCGCCGUGCCAGCAGCUCGGCCGGUACGUGUGGUGGGACACCGCGCUGUGCAGUAUUUUGGUCUCGAGGGGCCUGACCGUCAUAGCGGAGCUCUGCUUGGUUGCGCAGGUGGCGACGGGCUUGCUGUAUUGCGAGAACGAGAUCUUUCGGGCCAAGUACGGCCCAUCAGAUCCUGGUAAUUUCUCGUGGCACUUCCUCACGCAGGGCACCGUGAAGGCGAUGAUCUUCCUCGCCGUUGUCGCUCAGGGCUUCUCCAUUUGUGGAACUGCCACGCAGCGCUACUUGUGGUUUGCCUGCAAGGAGGACCCCUACUCGAUACUGCUGGGGGCUGGCCUUCCUGCUCACGGCGCCCGUGGACGUGUACGUCUUCGGCGAGGCCCGCCGCCUGAAGCGCGUGGCGCGCAGCGGGGCGCCGCCCGCGCCCGCGGGCUGCUGCGCGGCGCUGUGCUGCCGCGCCUGCGACGCGGAGACCCUCGGGCUGAUGCUCACCGUGUUCUGUGCCGUGUACCUGCCCUGGGCCUUCAUCGCGGACGCCCCGCUGUAUCUCGACCACUGGCAGGACCAGCGCCAGGAAUGACCAGACCGCAUGGAUUCCCGACCUCGACUCCGAGCUUUCGGGCUUCCGCGACGGCCUGUGGGAGGCGCUCUUUGUGCGCGUAUUCUCGCGGGAUUGGGAGGUGUGGUGGCCGGCCCUCGUCUUCCGGUCCGCGCACUUCAGCAUGACCUGCUGGGCGGCCGUCGCGAUGUCCGCCGCCCCGCGGCUGGGCGUCGAGCAGCUGGACAGGGCGAGCUACAGCUGCCUUCACGACGCCGCCUGCUCUGUCGACGCCGCGGACUGAUGCGCGCACGGCGGGGCUGAAGGGGGGGCGAGCAGCUGUCACAGAGGGAGCUCUGCUCCACCUCCUCUUCCUCUUCCCCCUUCCUCUCCUCACCAUGGCACCGCGACUGCACGGCACGGCACCAUGACGCCGUCUCGAGACAUUUCCCUGCUGCCUCGCGUAGAGUUUUCUGGCUUCGCAGCAGGAGCUUUCAACAUAUCGCAGGGUGGUUGUUCUCAGUUCGUUGCUGUUCGCAGCUUCUCGCCUGCUGCUUCACGUUGGAGUGGAGGUUGCCGGCGGCCAAGCUGCUUGUGCACCCGUCGAAUCCAAAGGAUGUACGUGUGGCGCAAAGUUCGGCAGCAAACUUCUUUUCUCCAUCUGAUGAGUUUGUCACGUUGCAGCGUGUGUAGUUUGUCCACAGUGGUGGACGCACAGAAGAUCUCGUGGUACGUAUUGCCGAUCACUUGCCCUCAGCGCCGAAUAGAAGCGGAACGAGAACACUGUAGCCAAAUUUGAGAGACGCGCGUGAUGCCCCUUCUCCAGGGCCAUCGGG